AGAACGAACGGAAAAGAACGAUGAACAAAAAAGAACGAUGAACGAAAAAGAACGAAUAAGAUGAACAAAAAGGAACGAACUAAAAGAACGACUUAGUUCACUGCAUAAAAAUGAACGAACGAACUUAUUCAGUAAAUUGAACGAUGUUUACCCAACACUACUCGCUUAUUCUGCUGUCAGGUGGCGGCACGGGCUUCAUUGGCAAGAACCUGUCGAAGCACUUCUCCCUUAAGGGCUAUGAUGUGACGGUAAUCGCCCGCAUGCCCGGGCCCAAGCGCAUCACCUGGCACGAGCUGGAGAAGAACGGCAUACCGAACAGUGUGAACUCCGUGGUCAAUGUCACUGGCCAGAAUGUAUUAGAUUCGUCACGCCGCUGGACGCCCGGCUUCCAGCAGAACGUGUGGAACUCUCGCAUCAACUCGUCCAAGGCUCUGGCCAAUGCCCUGACCGCUGCCCCUCAGGUCACUUCCUUUGUGAAUCUCUGCGGCGUGAGCGCUUACCCGCCAUCCGCCACGAAGAUCUACACAGAGGACGAUAAGGUCGACGGCUUCGACUACAUGUCCAGACUGUGCUUGGCUUGGGAGGAGGCGGCACAUGCUUGAGGCGAGCAGAACUGUAGGACUGCCAUAGUGCGUACGGGAGCAGUGGUUGGACUUGGCGGCGGUAUGAUUGAGUCAAUCUGGUUGCCCUUCAAGCUGGGCGUUGGCGGUCCCCUAGGCACUGGCCAGCAGAUCAUGCCUUGGAUACACAUGCUGGACCUUUGCAGUCUUAUACAGCACAUCAUAGAGAAGUGCCUUUGCCAGCGCACUGAACCGACCCUGCAUCUUCAAUGUGCCCGAGUUUGUGGUACAGGCGAUCUUUGGCAAGGAACGUUCGGCCCUCCUAUUAAGCGGUGCGAAAAUCCAGCCUAAGAAGGCUCUGGCCUCUGGUUUUCAGUUCAAAUAUCCCACGGCCAAGGCUGCCUGUACGCAGUUGGUGGGAAAGUGAAGGGGGAUGAGCAGAGGAUUACAUGGAAUACCAUUGGCCUCAGUAUAGAAAGUGGCAAGCGAAAAUUAAAACGGAUUUCUGCCAGUGCAGAUCUAUGAAUCA